AUGUCUCUUACCACUCCGGUCACACGCCUGUUAGGCUGCGAGCACCCCAUACUUUUGGCGGGAAUGGGAAAUACGUCCAAAGCGCCCCUGGUCGCAGCAGUGUCAAACGCGGGUGGAUUUGGAGUAAUUGGAGGAGUCAGAUAUACACCAUCCAUGCUUCGGGAGUUACUCGCUGAGGUGAAGGAACACCUUAAAGAUCCGUCUCUGCCUUUCGGUGUUGAUCUUUUACUGCCCCAGGUUGGAGGAUCGGCCCGCAAAACAAACAGAGACUAUACCAAAGGUCAACUGGACGAGCUCAUUGAUAUUAUAAUCGAGAGUGGAGCGAAGCUUUUCGUUGCGGCAGUUGGCCUUCCUCCACGCGAUGUUGUUAAUAAGCUGCAUGCUGCCGGCGUAUUGUACAUGAACAUGGUCGGCCAUCCCAAGCAUGCCGUCCGAGCUUGCGAAAAUGGCGCAGACAUAAUCUGUGCCCAAGGAGGCGAGGCUGGCGGUCAUACGGGGGAUAUUUCAACAAGUAUCCUUGUUCCUGCCUGUGCCGACGUCUGUCAAAGGUACAAAUCGAGUCUCACGGGCCAGCCAGUUCAGCUGGUCGCAGCAGGCGGCAUGGCCGAUGGUCGUAGUCUCGCUGCCGCUUUGUCACUCGGCGCGAGUGCUGUAUGGGUUGGCACUCGGUUUGUUGCUUGCAAGGAGUCAGGUGCCCCCGAAAUUGCAAAGGAUCAGAUCAUAAAAGCAACCUUCGAUUCGACAAUUAGAUCAACUUUCUGGUCUGGCCGCCCCCUCCGUGCGCUGAAAACCCCUCUUGUGGCAGAUUGGGAAGCCAAUCGUGCAGAGGAAAUGAGAGCCCUGCAGUCUCGAGGCAUCGUGGUAAUGGAACAUGAGUUGGAUAGAAUGCAUGACACCGGUGCAUUGACGGAGGACCUUGAGGAGCAGGCGACGUUGAGGCCGAUGGGGAUAGUGGCAGGUUUGAUCAACAAGCCAAAUCAGCCAGCAAAGGAUAUAGUGGAGGAGAUGGUUCAGGGUGCGGUGGAGGCACUAAGUAAAGCGCAGAAGUUGAUGGGUAAACAGGCAAAACUGUGA